ACUGACAAAAUGGGCACAGAUACCAUUAGAAUGUUGCUAAACAACAAUUUUUCUAUAAUAACAAUUAUAAAUAAAUUAGAAACAAUUGUCAGCAUCGGUGAUUCCAAAUUUGUGAACUGGAUUUUGAAAAUAGUAGACGAACUCGUUAUAUAUUAUAUUCGUAACAGAAAACAUUGGAAUAUAAUAAAAUCAUCGUCGAUAACUAUAGAAGAUAUAAAUCCAGAAAUUAUAGACAGUAUUUUAGAAAGAUAUAUAGCUACGGGAAAGUACAUCGAAGAUGUACAUGAAAAUAUUAGAAAUAAAGUUAAUGAUUAUACUAAGCUCAAUCAGCAAUUACUAUUAAUUAUUAAUAAUAAAUUGCGGGCACUAAAGGAUACACGAAAAGUCGAAGAUGACAAAGUGUCAAAAGAAACUGCAUUAACGCAGUCUGAUGCAUCAACUACAAACGAUAUAACGAGUUCGCCGAAUAUAUGUCUGGAUACUUUUUUGAAAACAAACAGCCCAGACAAUAAUAAUAAUAAUGUAGAAAAUGAAAUGUCCCCUUAUAAAUUACAUUCAAUUGAUGAUUUGCCAAAACCGUAUUCCAGACACAGCAGGGAAAAGUUUUGGAAGUUUUACAUAAAACUCCGUAGCCUUCAGGAAGGACUUAUGCACGACGAUUACGAUCACGUUAUGGAGAUCCUAAACUCUGUGAAAGAAAAGGAGAAGACUGUCUUCACUCGCGCGUGUUAUCGAAUUCUCUGCAACGAAAUACAAUAUUCGCAAUACCAAUUGAGCAAUCUGCUUUUGAAUGCAGUUAAAAAUGGAGCAACAACUAUAUUUUAUGAAAUAUUAUUUAAAGUUGCGAUACAUAUUUUGAACGAUUUAGCUAGAACCGAAUGUUGGGUACUAGCAUAUAAAUUACUCAAAAAUAUUGAUCUUAUGUUACAAUCGAAUAUUUAUUUUUUUAAACCUGAUGCCGCAACAAUUUUACUGUUUGCCGAAAUUUAUUUAGCAAACCGACAACCUAUACAGGCUUUCACCUUAAUUAAGCAAAAUAAUAUUAUGUGUACCAAUCGUGAUAAAUGGAAGGUGCAAAGUAGUGCGAAGGACGAUUAUGUGAGAACACAGCUAAUGGCUCUUUUAUUAGAUACAUUGUGCGAUACAUCUGCUUCGUAUGCUUUUUAUAUUUUUGAAUUUUUACUUCUAGAUCAAAGUAGCAAUUAUUAUCCAGUAGACCUUACGCGUGCCGCGAAUAAAUUAGUAUCAACGUUUUUGUUAAGAAAAGAUUACGAGACGAUCAUAGAUAUUGGAAGACUAAUUGUCAGAUAUGAUUUUGUACUUAGUACGAUAACCUAUCGAGCACUGAUCGCCACAUUAGUUCACGUCGAUAUAAUUCUGGCUCAACAAUUGUAUGAACGUGCAAUCGGUUUAGGCAUAUACUCCAAAUUACAGUUUCACCCUGUACCACACAUUAUUGUAAAAUCCGAUUGGACGAGCGAAGAAAUGUACCUCGCGAUUAUGAAUUUAAUGCACCACCUUUCGACGAAUAUUGGUCAUGCGAUCGAUCGUAUUAAGCCGAACCAGAUUUCAGUGUAUCUUUAUUUCGAGAUCAUGCCUUCGGAAAAGGAACUUGUUUCCGACGAAAUGUACGAAGAACGCGAUAAUAAGAUUAAUGAAUGUAUAAAACGAAUGAGCACUUUGUUAGACAAAAAGUUUGAUCCACCUGUUUGGUUGGUAAGGAAAUAUAAAAGUAAAUUGCAGAAGUUUAAUAGCGUUAGUAUUCUUAGGCAUUUACGGGGUAAAACUUAUAUCUAAUGUAUUUUAUGUAACUU